GCGCGUACUCGAGCACAAUCGCCGCGAUUUGCUGCGGCCGAACGACGCUGCACAUGUCCGAGUAGUUCAUUGGCUGGAGGGAGUCUGACGUCGGAGAGCGCCAGAAAAGAAGCUUGAGCGGGUGAUGCUGAGAUUCCACCGGGACAGAACUUGGUAUCAACUGUUUGCAUCGGAUAUUGGCGAUACAGACUUAGACGCACUACUCGCUUAUUUCGAAGAGGGAAAUUAGUUGCUAUGUUAAUGUAAAGAACGUACGUGGUGUCAGUUCCGGAGACAGAACAAGACUGGGACGCUUCUUUCAAUCGACCAGAGAAAGGUCAGUUUUGCCAGAUGGAAGUCGAGUGCCUUGCACUGAAAGACCUCUCAAGCCCCAGGACAAGUUUCAUGUUGGAGCCGCAUGAGGACGGGGUCCAAAGUGAACAAAAGGAAAACAUUUGCGCAGACAGGCGAAGGUCCACGCCAAUGAAAUCCGAUCCAGCCCCCCCUGCUUUGCUGAUAAACAGGAGAGGUGCCACCCCCGACCUGGCCCACAUAACCCCCGUCAAGCACACACCCCUGGCUGAGCCCCUGACCCCCACGGCCAAUCUGAAGUUGCUGAUCAGCGCAGCGAGUCCCGACAUCAGGGACAGAGAGAUGAAGAAGGUGCUGUUCAGACCCAUAGAGAACGAGAGUGACCAGCUACUAAGUCCAGAUACAAUAGAGGAGGAGUCGGAAGACUCCUGUCAGUUUGAAGCUGCAGGUGAAGAAGACAACACAGAGAAGAAGCCGAGCAGAAAGCAGAAGAGUCUAGGUCUACUGUGCCAAAAGUUUUUGGCCCUGUACCCUGAUUAUCCAGAGCCGCACACUGCAAUCUGGAUCUCUCUGGAUGAGGUUUCAACCAGUCUGGGGGUGGAGAGGCGGCGCAUCUACGACAUUGUCAAUGUGCUGGAGUCGCUUACGAUUGUGGGCCGUAUAGCCAAAAAUAGCUACACAUGGUACGGUCGCCAGCAGCUGGAGGCCACGCUGGAGGGCCUGCAACAGAAGGGCCGACAGCGGGGCUACCACCUUCAGAUGGAGUUGGCUACAGAAAAAACAGAGGCUGCACUGGGACAUGAGGAUGACCUAGGAGAAGGAGAUAUAGGCAAUGCUGGAGUCAACAGGAAAGACAAAUCUCUGCGCAUCAUGAGUCAGAAGUUUGUCAUGCUCUUCCUCGUCUCCAAAACCCAGACGGUUACUCUGGACGCAGCUGCGAAGGUCCUCAUUGAGGAGAGUCAGGACUCAUCAAGCCACAGCAAGUACAAAACUAAGGUGCGGCGACUUUACGACAUCGCCAAUGUCCUGACCAGCCUGGGCCUCAUAAGGAAGGUGCACGUCCGUGAGGAGAGAGGCAGGAAGCCGGCCUUCAAGUGGCUCGGCCCAGUCGAAUUCCACAACUCUAGAAGUACUGGUAAUACCGUGACCGCAGCGGUCGUCUCUUGCCCCAAGGCCUUGCACCAGAUGGCGGACGCUGGCAAAUCUAAGAUGGCUCGCCACGCCUCCUUUAGCAUCACGCCGACGUCUGCAGCCGUCCAGCGGCAGGUUUGCUCCGCCCCUAGCAGCCCACAGAGGGAACAGACUGGUCUGUUGAAUCAGCCUGUUGACUACUCCAGAAGAACGCCAAGCAACAGCGCCGUGUGUCGACUGCAGUUUGGGAGUGUCGCUGAUAACCAAGCCAGCACAGCACUGCCCACUCACCCCAGCAGCAGGAGCAGCCCAUUUUCUUCAUCCUCAACCCAGUCCACCCAUCUGGCACCUUCCCUUCCCUCGUCCCACUGCUUGGCCUACCUGCCAAGCCUGUCCCAGCCCUCGCUGGUCAUGAUGUACAGGCCCGACCAGACUUCAGAGGGGCAGAGCUCCCCCAAGCACGAAUCUGAGGAGUGGAGGAAGAGGAGGAGAGAAGGAAGCGAAGACAAUGAUAUUUCAGUGAAAAGAAAGGGAACUUGUGGGAUAAAGGAAAGUGUUGAGGCGACAGCAGAACCUCAGAUGGAAGGAGAGUCCUGUUCACAGCUGGACAGCACCAGAGCUUCUCCAACUCGCCCUUCUGGAUCGGUUGAUGGGGUUGUUGCCAGUGACUCCACGCAGCCCUCACAUGCCUACCUCUAUGUUCCUAACAACGGAGGUCUGAGCAGCCUCAACUUUCUCCUUCCAGCUGGCCAGCCGACACUUUCUCCCAGCAACGUCCCCACCCUGGCUGUGCCCUGCAUGCUGGUGCCCUCCGCCGCGCUCUCCCACUACCCCUUGGUGGCCGGUGGUUUGCCACAGCAGGGCUCCGACGCCCAGGCCAAGCUCAGCUUCAGUCUAUCUACAAUGAUGUCACCCGCCCACUUCACAAUGGGGAUGACACCCUACACACUGACAGGAGCGUCUGAGAUGAGCUGGCCAUCGGUCCCUUCACCGUCCACCCCAAAGCAGAGUAGGCCGUACAGGUCGACGACAGGCGCGCUGCAUUCGCCACCUUUCAACACCAAAACACCAGAGCCACCGACUCCACAUACCCCCAACGAAACCAUGGCGUCUGCUACUAAGGCUUUCUUCCAGACCCCGGGUGCUGUGGGAGGCAUAGUCAGCACCGCACCCGCUACUCGGAGAAGGGGCUCAGCUCAGAGGAGGCUAAACAUCGGCCACCCGCCAAACAGUUGGACAAUAUAGAAGCAGAGGCUGACGUGCUGUUCUGACACUCAGGUGCUGGUGUGGUUUUAAACCAUUGGUGCUUCUUUUUUUUUUAGUUUGUUGUUACAUUAAAAAGUGUGCCUCACGGUUCAAAUAUGUGGAUUCACAGUAAGUGAGUAAAGCAGUAUUACCAGUGAAACAGUGUCCUCCAGUGGCGGGAGCCAGCACACCUGUACUUUGUUUUGCCGCCUUAAUUUACCCUCCCAGCUACAAUCACGCUACCUAGUCCGCCAUUGAUUGUGUAUUAUUUUCCCAAUUGCUAUUUAUAUUUUAGCUAAUAUAUGUCAGUUAAAAGGACACCAGGAGAACAACUUUAUUUUAGCACUAAGCAUUUAAAGAAUGUAUGUCUAAUCUUAAUGAAUGAAAUAAGUGAGUCCCUUAGGAAUGUGUGUCAGCUGCGGAUGGCUGGUUCACAUAUUUUUCAGACAUUACUGUGAGGAGUGUAUCACUAAAGCCUUAAAUGUUUACAACCUGCCAAGCAGCUCAAGAAACAAAUCUUUGACUUCUUGGAUGUUUUAAUCCACUCGCCAGGAAGACGAGUUCACCAUACGACUUUAUGGUUAAAUAUCAAACACUUUAGCUCUGUUACACGCAGCUAAAGGACUGGGUGAAAUGGGACAAUGCUCUCAGGUACUUGAAGACUUAUCGAAGUACUGUAAAGAUUUUUAGCCUUAAUUUAUGGAUUCUUUUUAGCAGCACAGGUUGUUUCCUACAGCCCGGCACAUUUGGCCGAAUCACCGUUACAACAGAAAAUCUGUUUACUGGUGCAGCUAAUGGGUUCAACACUUUGCUUAUUAGAAGACCCUGUUGAGAGAAGAAAGCUGUUUCACAAAGAAUCCACUGGCCUGUGGAUGUGUAGUCACUGAUGUUUGUACAUUAUCCCUAGUGUCAUUUAUUGUUUUCACUUGGUUUAAUUGUGCUUUAUUGGUAAGUAAUGAUGAUGGUUGUAUGUGUCUACAUGAAUUAAAGCUGUUUUCUUCACUUUAGCUCUGCUCUCUUGGUUAGUUAUGCGGCCAAAUGUCUGUACAGUUUUCACUUUAAUAAAGAAACUUACAAUUAAUACUGUUUUGUUAUCUG